GAAAUCAGCUCCUAUGAUCCACUGAGCCGACGCACAUUAGCCUCUCAACAGUCUCACCACACAAUCAUGGAGGACUCAACAGAGGUGCGAACGGACGGAAACUCUUUGCUUAAAGCAGUAUAUCUGUGUCGCCUGAGAUUGACGCGUCUGUUGCUGGAAGGAGGGGCUUACAUUAAUGAGAGCAAUGAGAGAGGAGAAACUCCACUGAUGGUGGUCUGCAAAAGUCACCAUGCCGAUGCUCAGAGUGUGCCAAAACACAAGAUCAUCAGGUAUCUUCUUGAAAACGGUGCAGACCCCAACAUCCAGGACAAGUCUGGUAAGACUGCCCUAAUGCAUGCCUGUAUAGAACGGGCAGGACAUGAGGUGCUGUCGCUUCUGCUGUCCAGUGGAGCUGACCCUAGUUUAGAGGACCACAAUGGUUCCUCCGCUCUGGUCUAUGCAGUUAAUGCGGGAGACACGGAUGCACUAAGUGUACUACUGGAUGCCUGCAAGGCCAAGGGCAAACAAGUCAUCAUCAUAACAACAGACAAACUACCCUCUGGAAGACAAAUGACCAAGCAGUAUCUGAAUGUACCACCUCCUCCAAAUCUUGAGGACCGGUUGCACUGUGCCCCUGUGUCAUGUAUGUGCCCUUCUGAAAUUCAACUCUGUACCCCUCUUAUCACACCACCCACCAAUAACCAAUCGGAGACCUUGGGAUCCACUCCAACACUGCCCACAUCCAAGCCAGGAUCACCGACUCAAGAUUCAAGCCCUCUGCAAGCAGGUAGUGUGGCGAAGCUGUUGCAUCUACAAAGGCUUCACUCAGAGCCCUGGCUGAAGAUCCCUCCAUCUCUGCUUCUACAGCAAUGUAAGUCCUCAUCCUUGACCGAGGAGCUUCUAGAUAUCACUCCUGAAGAGGAGCUCUCCUUUGGGUACAAGGGUUGCAGACCUCCACUGAAAACGACAGUAGCUCGGCAGCAAAGCUUAGAUGUCAAAGACUCUACAGGUAUGCUUAGAGCCUUUGAGACAUCAUCUGAUGCUGAAAGAGAACUAACAAAAGAACAGAAAUGGCUCAGUAGAAAAAUGUCCUAUGAUGGAGAGUUGCUACCACACUCUUCCUCACAUCAGAACCUCAAACAGGCAUCCAUCUCAGAUGCUGCCCUAGUGGACCAAGACCCAGGCUUUCUACCCAAUCUGGCAGUUUCAAGUCUGCGAAACAUUUCUUGCCGGCGCAACUUUGGAAUGGACCAUUACAGUUCUGACUCUCAGCUGCCUCAAUUUGGGAGCCAACCUUCUGAAGACCUCGGGAAGACAGGAGGAGGAGGAACUGGAGGGAAGGAGAAACGCAAGCUUGUCACUAGCCGCUCCUCCACUCUCUCAGGAUCCAGAGAGUCUCUGGAAUGUCUCGUCCAGAGGAAGAGCCCAGCAAUGCUGGAGCGGAGGGGAUCCGGAGCCUUACUCCUAGACCAUAUCUCACAGACCCGGCCUGGUUAUCUACCACCUCUCAAUCCUCAUGCGCCCAUUCCAGAUAUCAAGGUUAAUACCAGUGUUGGCCUCAACAGUGGAAGCAAGCCUGUGGCAGGACCUACACCCGUUGUUUCUGGAUCCAGGCAUUUUGUGCCCUGUGCCCCGAGUCAUCCCAGAGAUUACAAGAAUAAGAGUCUGUUAAGACGACACUCCAUGCAAACCGAGCAGAUCAAGCAGCUGGUCAAUUUUGAAGAGAUUUUUGGUCAGUAAUCCAUCACAAAAGAAGGUUGUGGUAAAUAAAGAGAUUUAAUGUCAUGUGUCAGUCUACACUACGUCUGAAAUCCGAAGAUAAUAAAGUUAAGAUUUAAAUACGAAUUAAAAUAAACAUCUCAAUCACCUUCCUAAAAUGCACUUU